AUGGCCGAGUUUUGGCCAGUUGAUCAUCUUCGCCACCUUAUUGUCCAACCCGCAGAUGCCCGCCUGUACCCGCCAGAGGGCUACCUGUAUGUUCAGGAUGGACUAAUCAUUGCCUGCGGAGUGCUGUAUGCACUCAUGUAUGUGUUUGCUAUGCUGGCUGUUGUGAGAGACCGGGUUCUGCCAGGCUCCAUUAAGUACUUAUCUUUGAUGAUGGCGCAUGAAGUCUACUAUGCUUCUGCAACGACCUCCACUCAACUCGAAAGAAUCUGUUUUCUUGUUUGGUUCGAGUGUGACCUGGCCUUUGUGAGUAUUGCGCUCUGGCACGUCUACGAUCGUAGCCAACGGCGACGCAUCAUAUCCGAAAUGGCCCUUUACUUUUCGCUGGCUGUCGCUGCGAUGAAGUACUUGGGGGUGCUCUAUCCCGAUGACCGGGAGCAGAUGACAGCUUAUUGGACGGGUCUCCUUUUACAGCUUCCGGUUGGGUGGAUCUAUCUGUACCGGCUGCUGGCGGAUCGCUCUACCCGGGGCCAGUCUUUGGAGAUAUGGAUUAUGCGGUACCUAGGGUGCUACACGGCUUAUGGUGUCUUUGUCUGGCGCUAUCUGAAUGUUCCACAGAACUGGCCGUAUGUGGGAUCCUUCUGGAGCUGGGCGAUUUUCCUGGCGACACUGCUUCCGGAAACAAUAUACCCUUUCGUAUAUAUUUGGGCUUGGAGGGGCGGUGCUGGGAAGGUCAAGACUGGUUGA